CAUAAAUUUAGAGUGAGAGUGAGAAUUGUUACCAAGUGAUCAAAAGAUCGUGGCAAGAAAUUGAAGAAACUGCAGCGAAACCCAGAGGACUAGAAAUUCUCAGGAAGUCAUUCAGAAUAUGCAAGAAUCAUAUAAGUGCAGGUUCUCUAGAAUAUUGGCUAAAUACAGCUUACACGUAUACAGCCAUGACAGAUUAUCCAACUUCUAGCAAUUUUAUCAAACCCUUGCCAGCAUAUCCAGUCAAGCAGUGUUUUGACCUCAACGACAAUUUAGGUCAAGUCGGGAACGAUGGAUGGAUAUGGCAGUCCUGUACAGAGCUGGUUUUAGAAUCAUAUGGCGACUCAAAGGACAGCAUGUUCCCGGCCUAUAAUUACACCUACACUGGUACCUUUCAAUCUUGCAAGGAUUAUUUCAAAGUAGCGCCUAGACCCACCUGGAUUGCCACCGAGUUUGGAGCCCAUGCAUUACAGAUCGGCCUUCAGAUUGCUGUCCACCUCUCUAGCCACAUUUGGAUCGAGCUAGACGCUGCGGCUGUAGCCAUCCUUUUGACCUCGGGCCACCAGGGCUCGUGGCAGAUUCAACACCCGCUUAUGCGUAUUAGAGCUCUACUCCGCCUUAGCGCCACCAUACCAGACACACAUACAUUUCAGACCGACACUGCUCCACUCUGCCUUCGCACUCUUGUACGGAUGGACCAUCUUGGAUAUCCAGCGUUCCGCUUUCAGCCCGAGCCGGAGAUAAACAGGGUUAGGGCCUUUUAUAGACAGCCCGGCCUGGACCGUUUAGCCCGAAGCCCGCUAGAACUAGCCCGAAAACUGCUAGAGCUAGCCCGUUUAACUUGGAGUGAGAGUGAGAAUUGUUACCAAGUGAUCAAAAGAUCGUGGCAAGAAAUUGAAGAAACUGCAGCGAAACCCGGAGGACUAGAAAUUCUCAGGAAUUCAUUCAGAAUAUGCAAGAAUCAUAUAAGUGCAGGUUCUCUAGAAAAUUGGCUAUAUACAGCUUACACGUAUACAGCCAUGACAGAUUAUCCAACUUCUAGCAAUUUUCUCAAACCCUUGCCAGCAUAUCCAGUCAAGCAGAUGUGCAAAGCAAUCGAUAAUGUAAAAACCGGGAACACAUUCGAGAAAUUAUAUCGUGCGGCUAGCGUCUACUACAAUUACACUGGUCAAGCCAAGUGUUUUGACCUCAACGACAAUUUAGGUCAAGUCGGGAACGAUGGAUGGGCAUGGCAGGCCUGUACAGAGAUCGUUGUAGAAUCAAAUGGCGACUCAAAGGACAGCAUGUUCCCGGCCUAUAAUUACAACUACACUGCUAUCUUUCAAUCUUGCAAGGAUUAUUUCAAAGCAGCGCCUAGACCCACCUGGAUUGCUACCGAGUUUGGAGCCCAUAACAUAUGUAGAGUAUUAAAGCGUUCUGGGAGCAACAUAAUUUUCUUUAAUGGGCUGAGGGACCCAUGGAGUCCUGGAGGGGUGCUAAAAAAUAUAUCAGAAAGUAUAGUUGCAAUUGUUGCGAAAGAAGGUGCACAUCACGUGGAUCUUAGAUUCUCAACAAGUGAAGAUCCAAAGUGGCUUCAAGAUGUGAGGAAAGAAGAAGUGCAUAUCAUAUCAAAAUGGCUCACUCAAUAUCAUCAUGAUUUGAUUGAUUCUCAAUGCUCUUAAUAGAGUUUUUGGAAUUCCAUUUGAUAAACUUUCAAUGUAAUGACAAUAUAAUAACAUAAAGACACCAAAUUUCACUUUGGUUUGAGAGCUAUUGAAACAUAACGAAAUUUCACUUUCUUUUCAUUUAUGAUUAUUGCUCCUUGAUUUUGGAAGCCAAAGACAUCAAAUAGAUUAUAUAGUUGUACUGAAAUAAGUUAAUUGAGAUCACAUAAUUGUAGAUGUGAACUUCUAGAUGAAACUAUAUAAA